GCCGAAUGUAGGCUAUAUCAAAGGUCUUCCAGAGGGUACAGAUGGACUCCAAUUGAGCUAGGCUAUGGACUGCUGAUGCUCUUUGAUCAACAGAUGUCACUGCGGCCCAUCAAGUUCGAUUGCAAGGUAUCAAGUCUCUUUGCAAGAGGAAAGUGGGCUUCUACUGAUUCAAGCUAUGCUCUAUUGUCGCACUCUGAUAAACAGAUGCCACUGCGGUUCAUCGAGCUGAUUGCAGACCAUAGAGGCUCAUUGCAAUAAAUGCAGUUUGCACGUUGACGGAGCUGGCAUAUGAAUUACUGAUGCCUGAUUGAACCGUGUCAAAGGGAAAAACCGCAGUCCAUGACGCUCAUAGAGAUGUCAAUUCGCAUCAGCAGAGAGAUUCAAAAGUAAUGUGAAUAGAAUCUGACGCCCCCCCCCCCCCCCAUUUGGGGGGGCCAUCCCAGCUAGU